UCUUGUAACUGGAAGCAGAGAGGGCAGAUUUUAAAACAAGAGUAGGCUACUUCAUAAAUCCAUAAGAACCUACCUUCAUGCUUCAUAUGCCUUUGUGCUCAUGAAACUCCAAGAGACAAAAAAGUCAUUUAAAAUAUCUCGUACGACACCUCUGACCAUCUUCUCGUGUCCUUCACCAAUAGGAAUGAGAAGAUUGUGGAUUCGAGACAAACUGAAAAAGGUCAUACUUUUCAUUGUAACACUGACAAUCCUAAUAUGUUCUUUCACAACCAUGUUUUCAAGUGUGAAUGAACAAGCCCCCCUCCUCAAAACAUUUGGGCCAACCGGAAUGUUUGAAAGGCUGCGGAUGACAGCUGAAUAUGGCAUUAAUUGCUCAGCAAUAUAUGAGAUGGAACCUGUGGAACUGGGCAAAUCUUUAGCCAUCCGUAAAAAAAAGAGCUAUUUGGGGCCAACUGACCGGCAAAUUGCCAAUGCAACCUCCGAUUGUGACUGGUUUGUGAAAUCAAAGGGCUAUGAUGUGAGACAAGUUUCUCAGUUGGAGCGUGAAUUUCCCCUUGCUUACUCUUUGGUUGUUCACAAGGAUGCAUCUCUUGCGGAGAGGUUGCUAAGGGCCAUUUAUAUGCCUCAUAAUGUAUAUUGUAUACAUUAUGACCUGAAGUCUUCAGAUGACUUUAUUUUGGCUAUAAAAGGGCUGGCCCGCUGCAUCCCUAACGUCUUCAUUGCCUCAAAACUGGAAAGGGUGCAGUAUGCAAGUAUCACACGCCUCAAAGCAGAUCUUAAUUGCCUGUCUGAUCUACUAGAGUCUAAGGUCAAGUGGAAAUAUAUCAUCAACCUGUGUGGUCAGGACUUUCCACUGCGGACAAAUGCUGAACUGGUGUCGGACCUAAAGGCACUUAAAGGCAUGAACAUGGUGGAGAGCAAGCGGCCUGGAGGAAAGAAGUGGCGCUGGAGUUUCCAAUUUGCACUAAAAAAUAACAAAUCUGAAUACUACAAGUCGCCUAUCUGUACUUUCAUGGCGAAGCCUCCACCACCUCACAGAUUAGAAAUGUUUGUGGGUAGUGCAUACAUUACACUGUCACGGGAAUUUGUGCUUUUUGUUAAGUGGAGUUCUCUUGCCAGGGAUUUCUUGUCUUGGUCUGAGGAUACAUACUCACCUGAUGAACACUUUUGGGCAACUCUGGUUCGUGUGCCUGGAGUACCAGGGGAGGUGCCAAGAUCUGACCCUGACAUCACAGAACUUACAUCUAAAACCCGCCUGGUGAAGUGGUUGAGUUUUGAAGAGCAUCUUUACCCGCCAUGCACUGGGGGCCAUGUACGGUCUGUGUGUAUUUAUGGUGCUGCUGAACUCAGAUGGCUCCUAAACUAUGGCCACUGGUUUGCCAAUAAAGUGGACCCAAAUGUGGAUCCUAUUCUUAUUGAAUGUUUAGAGGAGAAGCUUUUAGAAAAACGGCUUAUGUCAAAAUAAUAUUAAAAUGAUUCUUCUUAUUUUUUAUUAUUUUUUACUGGUGUGGCUGUGAAUUGGGCUGCUUUAAGUUAGUAACUUAAGUUUUCUGUUGAAAACACUGUACCUUGGAACAGGGACAUUGCCAGGGUUGGAAAAGAUAAGAGGCUUAUUCCCCAGAGAACCCACCCCAGUAAUUAAUUUUGAAAUAUUUUAAAAUGUGUGAUCAAUGAUAGUGUAUACUACACCAAUACCUUCAACAUUCUGCAUUUAUUAAAUUUUAAACAAACACAAUUACUCUUGUUGUCUGUAUCGGUUAUUUAAAAAAAAAAAAAAAAUUACUUUAUUUUUUAAAUAAAUCAAACAAGAAAGAAAGGGUGUGGUGCUAAACUGUGUUUCCUUUAUUAUGCCUGAAAUAAUAGUUUUAACAGGAAUACUUGCAUAACUUAACCCUGUAUGGUACGGUGUAGCCAUAUGGCAACAAUUUAUUUUCUUUCACUUACUCACCUUCUAGAAAAAAUAAUAAUCUGCUGUUUUUAAGCCACAUGACAUUUGAAUUUGUCUCCAAGACUGUUUUGGGGUCAAACAUUUUUUGUGAAUUCCUUAGCACUGUAAAGGGGGAAAUUAAUGAAGUGUAUCAGUAAAGUUUAAAAUGAAAUAAAAUAAAAAGGUACAUAAUUCAUUCAUUUAUUUAUUCAUAAGGAAUAUGCUUAAAGGGAUAGUUUACCCAAAAAUUUGAAUUCUCUCAUCAUUUACUCACCCUCAUAACAUCCCAGAUGUGUAUGAAUUUAAUUCUUCUGCUGAACACAAAUGAAGAUUUUUAGAAGAAUAUCUCGGCUUUGUAGGUCCAUAAAAUGCAAGUGAAUCGUUGCCAGAACUUUGAAGCUCAA